AUGCUCCUCGUGGGCCUCGCGGUUGCCGACAAUCAGGAUCGCAAGCGGGACGGCACGGGCAACCAGGACCGCGACAAGAAGCGCGACGGCUCGUGCGCCAAAUCCGGCACGUGCACCGGCAACAAGAACGGCGGCAACCCCGGUGGUCGCGGCGGCAAUGGCGCUGGGAGGGGGAAUCAGGGGAAGAAAGGCACGGGGACUUGCAACAAGAGCGGCAGCGCGAGUUGCGACGGCAGCGGGCGGAAGAACGCGGUGAUGGCGAGCGCAAAUGCGGUGGCGGCUGCUGACGUGGCGGCAGCUGACGUGGACGUGCAGGCGUGUGACGGGGCGAAGCAGGCGGGGAAGCUGAUGAGCGGAUUGAGAAAGAGCGGAUUCAACAAGUUCGCGGCGGCGCUGCAGCAUACAGGCCUGGCGGCGGAGUUCCCGGAGGUGAUGUGCGGGCAGGGGGGCGGGGUGACGGUGCUGGCCAUCCCCGACGCGCCCAUGGGGCAGCUGCCCCCUUCAGUGCGAGGGGACCCGCUGAUGCUGAGGGAGCAGCUGCUGCUGCACGUCGUCAAGGGCGCCCGCCCCUACUCCCGCAUGCAGGCGCGCGGCAAGAACUACAAGUUCGCCUGUGCGGCGGGGGCGGGGGCAGGGCGGCUGGUGAAGGCGAGCCAGGGCAGCGCGGCGCUGGUGCUGCGAGUGGGCAGGGGGUGGGGGCAGGCAGCAGCCGUGACGCGCCCCGAUGCCUUCCGGUGCACGGGGGGGGCGGUGCACGGAGUGAACUGCGCGCUGGGCAUGGGGCGCAUGGGCAGGCCCGGCAGGCGCGUGCCUCUGGGGCACUCUCUCAUGCGCUCUCUCAUGCGCUCUCUCACGCGCUCUCUCACGCGCUCUCUCACGCACUCUCUCACGCGCUCUCUCACGGGCUCUCUCACGCACUCCCUCACGCGCUCUCAUGCACUCUCUCACGCACUCUCUCACGCGCUCUCUCACGCGCUCUCUCACGCGCUCUCUCACACGCACUCUCACGCGCUCUCUCACGCGCACUCUCACGCGCACUCUCAUGCGCUCUCACCCGCUCUCUCACGCGCUCUCUCACGCGCACUCUCACCCGCUCUCUCACGCGCUCUCUCACCCGCUCUAUCACGCGCUCUCUCACGCGCUCUCACGCGCUCUCUCACGCGCUCUCUCACACGCCCUCUCAUGCUCUCUCCCUCUCUCGCGCUCACUCACGCGCUCUCUCACACGCUCUCUCACGUGCUCUCUCACGCACUCUCUCACGCGCCCUCUCAUGCUCUCCCUCACUCGCUCUCUCACGCGCUCUCUCUCGCGCUCACUCACGCGCUCUCUCACGAGCUCUCACACGCACACUCUACUCUCACGCGCACUCUCAUGCGCUCUCACCCGCGCUCUCUCAUGCGCUCUCUCACACGCACUCUCACGCGCUCUCUCACGCGCACUCUCACGCGCACUCUCACGCGCACUCUCAUGCGCUCUCACCCGCUUUCUCACGCGCUCUCUCACGCGCUCUCUCACGCGCACUCUCACGCGCUCUCUGACGCGCACCCUCAGCCGCUCUCUCACGCGCUCUCUCACGCCCUCUCUCACGUCCUCUCUCCCACGCACUCCCUCACGCGCUCUCUCACGCGCACUCUCACACGCUCUCUCACGCGCACUCGGACUCUCACGCGCUCUCUCACGCGCUCUCUCACGUGCUCUCUCACGCGCUCUCUCACGUGCUCUCUCACGCGCUCUCUCACGAGCACUCUCACGCGCACUCUCCUGAGCGUUCGCUCCCACGCACACACUCUCCCUCGCGCUCCGUCUCUCCUUUUCUUCAAAUGA